AAAAAGGAAAUGAAGGAGAUCGCUGUUUAGAGUGUGCCGAGAUCUUUCAAUAACAUUCAAAUCGUAACUGGCUCGUUGAUUCUACAGAAUAUUCAAGUUAACAAUGGCUCAUAAUUAUGUGGUUACUGCUCAUAAACAAACAGCAGUCACAUCUUGCGUUACUGGAAACUUCACCUCGUCUAAUGAUCUGAACCUUAUUGUGGCGAAAAAUUACCGUCUUGAAAUAUAUUUGGUUACUCCAGAAGGUCUCAGACCUCUGAAAGAAGUUGGGAUCUAUGGGAAAAUCGCUGUUAUGAAACUUUAUAAAUCUGGGAAUGACAAGAAAGAUUCCCUGUUCAUUUUAACCCAACGUUACAAUGCCAUGAUACUGGAAUGUUCUGGGGAAGGGGAAAACAUGGAAAUUAUAACCAAAACACAAGGAAAUGUUGCAGACAAAAUUGGAAAGCCCUCUGAAACUGGCAUAAUUGCAAUCAUUGAUCCUGAUUGCAGAGUGAUUGGUCUUCGUCUCUAUGAUGGAUUACUGAAAAUCAUUCCCCUAGAGAAAGACAGCAGUGAAAUAAAAGCCUACAACAUCAGGAUUGAAGAACUUUGCAUACAAGACAUAGCUUUCUUAUAUGGGUGUGCAAAUCCAACUGUGGUUAUUAUUCACCAGGACGCUCAUGGUAGACACGUCAAGACACGAGAGAUAUCUUUGCGAGAUAAGGAGUUUGCCAAGACUUCCUGGAAGCAAGAUAACGUCGAAACCGAAGCUUCAAUGUUAUUGCCAGUUCCUGAACCUUACGGAGGGGCCUUGAUUAUUGGUCAGGAAUCAAUAACCUAUCACAACGGACAAAAUUACGUUACCAUCGCACCACCAAUUAUUAAACAGAGUACCAUCACCUGCUAUGGUAAAGUUGAUCCUAAUGGAUCACGAUACUUAUUGGGAGAUUUAGCCGGGCAUCUCUUUAUGCUGGUAUUGGAAAAAGAGGAAAAGAUGGAUGGAACGGUUACAGUACGUGACAUUAAAAUUGAACUUCUUGGAGAAGUUUCAAUUCCCGAAUGCUUAACCUAUCUUGACAAUGGGGUUGUUUUCAUCGGUUCCCGGUUUGGAGAUUCCCAGUUAGUCAAAUUAAACGUCACUCCCGAUGAAAACAAUUCCUACGUUACGGUGAUGGAAACAUUCACUAAUCUGGCGCCUAUCGUAGAUAUGACAAUCGUCGAUCUUGAUCGACAGGGACAAGGCCAACUUGUAACGUGCUCAGGUGCUUAUAAGGAAGGUUCGUUGCGUAUUAUUCGCAAUGGAAUCGGGAUUCACGAACAAGCAAGUAUCGAUUUGCCCGGUAUCAAGGGAAUAUGGGCCCUGAAAAUGGGUUUUUCUGGAAAUCAAUCGGUAGAUGAUACUGUCGUCUUAUCUUUUGUUGGACAAACAAGGGUUUUGAUGUUAAAUGGAGAAGAGAUGGAAGAAACAGAAAUACCUGGUCUCAUUUCUGACCAACAAACUUUCUUCUGUGGAAAUGUUGGAAAAGAUUCCGUAUUGCAAAUCACUACCGGUAGCGUGAGACUAAUAUCUGUGAACACGAAACAGAAGCUGAGUGAUUGGACUCCUCCUGACGGAAAGAUGCUCAAUGUCGUAGCUUGUAAUCAUGGGCAAGUUUUAUGUGCUGCCGGUCGUGAUCUUUACUAUUUGGAAAUGGAAGAUGACACUCAAGUCAUUCUGAAAAGUCACAUCACCCUGGACUACGAAGUGGCUUGCUUAGAUUUGACUCCCAUUUCAGUAGGUUCUCAGCACAACCCUUCUAUCACAACAGCUGAUGUGUGUGCUGUCGGUCUCUGGACAGAUAUUUCUGCGAGAAUUCUUAAGCUUCCUACUUUAGAAGAAUUUCACAAAGAGCCACUUGGAGGAGAGAUUAUUCCUCGUUCCAUUUUGAUGGCACUUUUCGAGGGUACACCUUACCUUCUUGUGGCUUUGGGUGAUGGAUCGCUUUUCUAUUUCAGUAUGAAUCCAGUCACCAAGUUACUUGGUGAUCGUAAAAAGGUAACCUUGGGAACUCAGCCGACCGUCCUUCGGCCGUUUCGGUCGCAAUCCACCGUCAAUGUUUUUGCAUGCUCAGACCGACCUACGGUUAUCUAUUCUUCCAAUCAUAAAUUGGUUUUCAGUAAUGUCAAUCUUAAAGAGGUUGCACAUAUGUGCCCGUUAAAUUCGGAAGCGUAUCCAGAUAGCUUAGUGCUAGCGACGGACACUGCGGUUACCAUAGGAACAAUUGAUGAAAUCCAAAAAUUACACAUCAGGACGGUACCGCUUGGUGAAUCCCCUCGUCGAAUAGCAUACCAGGAAAAUACACAGACUUUCGGAGUGAUAACUUCUCGGGUCGACAUUGUUGAAUCCUCUGGUUUGACGCCUGCCCGUCAGUCUGCUUCUACUCAGGCACAAUCUGUGUCUUCAUCCAGCUCUCUUGGUUCGGCGAUCAAAGCCCCUGUCAGUACGAGGGACUCUUGUGGAAGUGGCGGUGUUGCCGAAAUUGGUCAGGAGAUUGAAGUAUACAACUUGCUGAUUGUCGAUCAACACUCCUUCGCGGUCCUUCACGCGCAUCAGUUCAUGCAGAAUGAAUAUGCGCUGAGCAUUGUGUCUACGCGGUUAGGAGAUGAUGUCAACCCGUAUUACGUGGUCGGAACAGCAUUAGUGGUACCUGAAGAGUCUGAGCCCAAACAAGGUCGCAUUGUCCUAUUCCAGUGGUCCGACGGAAAGUUGACUACUGUUGCAGAAAAAGAGGUGAAGGGCGCGUGCUAUUCAUUAGUAGAUUUCAACGCAAAAAUACUGGCUGCGAUCAACAAUGUUGUUCGGUUAUAUGAGUGGACGGCAGAGAAGGAAUUAAGAUUAGAGUGCAGCAAUUUCAAUCACAUUAUAGCCCUAUAUCUCAAACGGAAGGGUGACUUCAUCUUGGUCGGUGAUCUAAUGAGGUCCAUUACUCUAUUGCAAUAUAAAACUAUGGAAGGAAGCUUUGAGGAGAUGGCAAGAGAUAGUAACCCGAAUUGGAUGUCAGCUGUCGAAAUUUUGGAUGAUGACACGUUCCUUGGCGCUGAGAAUUCUUUCAAUCUUUUUGUUUGUCAGAAAGACAGUGCUGCCACAACGGAGGAAGAGAGACAACAACUCACUGAAGUUGGUCGAUUCCAUCUUGGUGACAUGGUUAACGUCUUCCGUCACGGAUCUUUGGUGAUGGACCAUGCUGCUGAAACCCUAAGUACUCCUACGCAAGGAUGCGUCUUAUUUGGAACAGUCCAUGGAGCUAUAGGCGUGGUUACGCAACUACCAACCGAAUUUUAUCACUUCCUAUCUGAGGUACAAACUCGCAUGGCCCGUGUCAUUAAACCUGUGGGGAAAAUCGAACAUAGCUUCUGGAGAAGUUUCGCCACCGAACGCAAAGUUGAACCGUGCGAGGGUUUUAUUGACGGGGAUUUAAUUGAAUCUUUUUUAGAUUUGUCGAGUGACAAGAUGAAGGAAGUUGCUAAUGGAUUACAGAUUGAUGAUGGAAGUGGAAUGAAGAGGGAGGCGACGGUAGAGGAUAUAAUUAAACUGAUAGAAGAUUUAACUCGAAUUCAUUGAAGGUAUUCCAGUUGUAAUGAAUACAGUGUAUUAAAUGUGUGGAAAAUAAAGGAAUUUCAUCAGUUUUCUAA